CUUACCGCAACCAUAGUAGAGGCGUUCCCAGUGGCUCCUCUUAACUUGCCACAAGAACUACAGUCCGGGAGCCACCAGGCUCCCAUUCUCUCGGACCCCUGCAAGCUUCUUCCCGCCUGUACCCGGCUAGGGCGCCCAGGCAUGUGGGAAUGAUGGCUUAGGAGCCGCCCUCUCCAUCAAAUCGUUGCUCACCCGUUCCAUCUCCCCUGCACUGGAGGGGAAAGAAGGGCGCGGACCGCAUGGAAAGGGGCAGACUUCUCCAGGACUUCCUCUGAACCCCUCCGUGACCGUCCCCCGUACUCAGCACCCCGACCUUUGCCAAACCCAGGGGUCCGGACGCUAACCGACCCAAGUGUUCCUGAGGGGCCCUUCCGCCCACUGGAGCCCGCGCCGCCCCGCGCUCCGGGAGGUGCCAUGUGGGGCGGACGUCUGUGGUCCCCUUCGCCUUCCUCCUCCUCGUCCUCCUCCCCCACCCUUCUGCAGCUGCUGCUGGCGGCGCUGUUGGCGGCGGGGGCGCGGGCCAGCGGGGAGUACUGCCACGGCUGGCUGGACGCGCAGGGCGUCUGGCGGAUCGGCUUCCAGUGUCCCGAGCGCUUCGACGGCGGCGAUGCCACCAUCUGCUGUGGCAGCUGCGCCUUGCGCUACUGCUGCUCCAGCGCAGACGCGAGGCUCGACCAGGGCGGCUGCGACAACGACCGCCAGCAGGGGGGCAGCGAGCCGGGGCGCUCGGACAAAGACGGCCCCGACGGCGCCGCAGUGCCUAUCUAUGUGCCGUUCCUCAUCGUGGGGUCAGUGUUCGUUGCCUUCAUCAUCUUGGGAUCUUUAGUGGCCGCUUGCUGCUGCAGGUGUUUGAGGCCCAAGCAGGAGCCACAGCAGAGCAGAGCCCCUGGAGGUAAUCGAUUGAUGGAGACGAUUCCCAUGAUUCCAAGUGCCAGCACCUCUCGAGGAUCCUCUUCCCGCCAAUCAAGCACUGCUGCCAGCUCCAGUUCCAGUGCCAAUUCGGGAGCCAGAGCGCCUCCAACAAGGUCACAGACCAACUGCUGCUUGCCAGAAGGGACCAUGAAUAAUGUAUAUGUCAACAUGCCAACUAAUUUCUCAGUGUUGAACUGUCAACAGGCUACCCAGAUUGUGCCCCACCAAGGACAAUACCUGCACCCCCAGUAUGUGGGCUAUACAGUGCAACAUGACUCCAUGCCAAUGACACCCGUGCCGCCCUUCCUGGACGGUCUGCAGACUGGGUACAGGCAAAUCCAGUCUCCUUAUCCCCAUGCCAGUAGUGAACAGAAGAUGUACCCAGCAGUGACUGUGUGAACUCAUGGACCACAAAACUGGCUUUCAGUACCUAAGAUGAAUAGGCAAGAAAUACUUUGGGAAUGAAUCCACAAACAUUUGUAAGGAGUUCUCUAAACAGAAGUCCUUGAAUAUUGGACAUUUUUUUGGAAAGCAUUUCUUUUUGUUGGGUUCAUUUGCUUCUAUGACAAUAUCUCUCAAUUAGCAUUUCCAGAUAGGUUUCAUUCCAGUGCAUGAUUUUUAGUGGAAAAAAAGGAUUAUGUUGAAGGUGUACAUGCAUUUUUGAUAGCUCUGUGUGUGUGUGUGUGUGUGUGUGUGUGUGUGUGUAUGAGUAUGCGUGUGUGCAAAAGAGAAAUGCUUGAGCCAACAAGUGCCCUUUAGGUGCAGUAGUCAGAAGAAUUUUGUAAGUUACUAGAGUAAGGUGGUUUCUUUUUCUCCCCCACUCCCUCCCCUCAACUGUACGAGAUCAUGAUAUUUGUUACCUCUUUAUCCCUUGACUAUUUUGUAGACAGUCAAACUGGCAGUGGAAGACUAAUGCAAUCAUAAAUGGAAAACCUGUUUUCCAUGUGAAACUGUCCUUUGCAUCUCAGCAUUUCCCAGGCACAUCUUCGUUUCAGUGUAAAAUUAUGUAUUUUGUCUGGUUUUGUGAUUGUGAAAAGCUCCUUUAUUUAUGUAGUAAUCUUAUGACAAAAUGGUUUUUUAUAUACAAAAAUAAAUCACCCUUCAUUGAAAUAUGGUAUAGAGGCUUUACCAAGGAAGACUCUGGGGUUAUUUUUAAUCUUGAAGAAGAUUAAAGAAGGGUGGAAUAGCAAUAAAACCAUAAACUCUCUUCCUGAUUGUAUUUUAAUCUGACUUUACCAUAGCAUCUAAUAAGGUGCGAGACUUGGUUGUUCAUCUUAAUGAUAUUUUAUGCUUUCAAUUAAAAAAAAAAUCAGUUGCUGCCAUUCCAGGUUAGUUUUUGCUGCGAAAAGUUGUCCACCUCAGCAUUUCAUUCUGCUUGGGUUUUCAGAGGCUGAAUUCCCAGACAGUAGUGAAUGCAUUUUAGCUAUAGAUGAAAAGGAGGGUCAAUAUUUCUGCCUAGAACUGAUGAGAAUGCUUUACUGUUUACAUAUGAUCAACAGAGAUAAAACGGUAUAGAAAUUUACCUAAUAGGGGAAAAUUUAUGCCACAGAUUUAUAACCUUUGGCCAAAACCUGUAGGAGCAUCUAGCAGCUAUAGGGGAAUGGGCAGGUAUAUUAUAUACUCUUCAAUGAAACUUCUUUGACGUGGCUUACUAUUUUUUUUCUCCUUCUGAACAUCAAGGACUCUUGUCAUAUCUAGAGGAAGGUUUACACAUAUGCUAGCUUUAUUCAGUAACAAAGCUAGGCAUUUCUUGUUGUUUUCCUCUCUCUUUCAGUCUCUACAGGAAGUACUCUGUUCAUUGCACAUACCCAGAUAAGGACCCCUGCUCUGAUUUAUGAAAUUCAGGUGAAUCUCUUUGUAUAUUGUUUACGUAUUAAAAAAGUAAGUUAAGUAUGUGGAAAUUAUUUUAUUAGCUGGUGGAGACACAAGAUUCUGAUUGUUAAUUAAAGUUUUGUGAAGUGUGGUAUUUUACAUGUUUUAUAUAUGUCAUGGAUAAUGUAAGACUGUGUCUGCAUCUAGUAUGAUUUUAAAAUUUCAAAAAAGGAUU